UCCGUGUGUGUGUGCGUUGUCUCCUGCACAGGCCAUGCUGGGGAAGGUGAGCUCCGAGGCGUCGAGGAAGAAGGACGUGGAGGAGGUCCAGAGUCGCUACAGGCUCAUCCCGCUGGGCCGCAAGAUCUACGAGUUCUACAACGCCCCCAUCGUUAAAUUCUGGUUCCACACGCUGGCCUACGUCGGGUACCUGAUGUUGUUCAACUACAUCGUGCUGGUCAAGAUGGACCUGUGGCCAUCCCCGCAGGAAUGGAUCGUCAUCGCCUACAUCUUCACCAACGGCAUCGAGAAGAUGAGAGAGAUUCUGAUGUCUGAGCCGGGGAAGCUGCUGCAGAAGGUGAAGGUGUGGCUGCAGGAGUACUGGAACAUCACGGACCUCAUGGCCAUCCUCAUCUUCUCCAUCGGCAUGGUGCUGCGCCUGCAGGACCCGCCGCUCAUGAGCUACGGCCGCGUCAUCUACUGCGUCAACAUCAUCUACUGGUACAUACGCCUGCUGGACAUCUUCGGCGUCAACAAGUACCUGGGGCCGUACGUCAUGAUGAUCGGCAAGAUGAUGAUUGACAUGAUGUACUUUGUGAUCAUCAUGCUGGUGGUGCUGAUGAGCUUUGGAGUGGCCAGACAGGCCAUUCUGAACCCAAACGAGGAUCCAUCAUGGAUGCUGGCCCGCAACAUCUUCUUCAUGCCCUACUGGAUGAUCUACGGGGAGGUGUUUGCCGACCAGAUCGACCCUCCAUGUGGGCAGAAUGUGACCACAGACGACGGGGUGAUUGUGCACCCUCCCUGUAAGACUGGGGCCUGGAUCGUCCCAGCCAUCAUGGCCUGCUACCUGCUCGUGGCCAACAUCUUGCUGGUCAACCUGCUCAUAGCCGUGUUCAACAAUACGUUCUUCGAAGUGAAGUCCAUCUCCAAUCAGGUGUGGAAGUUCCAGCGCUACCAGCUGAUCAUGACGUUCCACGAGCGGCCCGUGCUCCCGCCGCCCCUCAUCAUCUUCAGCCACUUCACCAUGGUCCUCAAGCACCUGUGCUGCCGCUGGCGCAAACGGGACGACGACGAGCGAGACUACGGCCUCAAGCUCUUCAUCACUGAGGACGAACUGAAGAACUUGCAUGACUUUGAGGAGCAGUGCAUUGAGGAGUACUUCCGGGAGAAAGACGACCGCUUCAACUCCUCCAACGACGAGAGGAUCCGGGUAACAUCAGAAAGGGUGGAGAACAUGGCCAUGCGCCUGGAGGAGGUGAACGAGCGGGAGCACUUCAUGAAGGCCUCCCUGCAGACGGUGGACGUCCGCCUGGCCCAGAUGGAGGAGAUGAUCGGCCGCAUCGCCCUGACGCUGGAGCGCGUGACGGGCCUGGACCGGGGCGAGGUCACCAAGGUGCGCUCGCGCUCGCGGACCUCCUCCGACUGCACCGACGCCAACUACAUCCUGCGCCAGAGCAGCUUCAACAGCCAGGAGGGCGGCGCCUCGUACCGCCCGCCCGAGUCGUCGCUGGAGCAGGGCGGCGAGGAGUCCGUCUCGCCCACCUCGCCCACCAGCCUGCCGCCGCGCGCCCGCAGCCACUCCUUCUACGUGGGCGGGGCCAGGGUGGGCGGCGCGGCCGAGAGGGCGGAGAGCUUCUUCAAGGAGCGCUCGCUGAGCCUCCACCGCGCCAACAGCUCCCAGUCGGUGGCGUCGGGCGCCAACGCCAAGGACGCCAAGCCCGUCCCCGUCAACACGCUGUCCGUGUCGCAGCACCACCGGCCCUCGUCCUGCAUCGACAUCUACGUGUCGGCGUCCGAGGAGGCCGGCCCUUCCGAGAGCUUCCUGGAGCCCGUCAGGAUGGCGCCCCCUCUGGCCCGGGAGUCCUCCUUGCACUCCGAGAUCAUGGAGGCGGUCCUCUCCGGGGGGCGGGACUACGGCGGGCGGUCCGGGGCCGGCGAGCGACCGUCGGACGCCACGGCGAUGUACGAGGACAGCGCGGCGGCCGAUCUCUCGCUGUGCUCGGCGCAGCUGCUGCUCGCCGACAGCCUGCCGCCCUGGGACCUGGACCCGUCGCCCCCUCCCUCGGCCGGCCUGCUGGAGCGCUCCAAGAGCAGCCGCUACCUGUCGGCGGCCGGCGGCCUGUUCCCGGACGAGCCGGCGCUGGUCAAGUCGCACAGCAUGAUGUUCUCGUCGCGGCCGUACUACGGCGGCCUGAACGUGCCGGUCAAGGCGGCCGAGUACACCAGCAUCACGGACUGCAUCGACACGCGCUGCGUCUCCGCCGCCUUCCCCAUGCCCGAGCGCUCCGAGUCCCCGGGCGGGUCCUUCACCUUCGACAAGCCCCAGGACGUGAGCUCGGCGCACCCGGAGCGCGAGGCCGAGCUCAGCCACGCCGAGUCCGACCCCGAGGACCCGGGCGAGAUGCUGGGCGAGUCCAGCCGAGCCUCUUGGAGGGCGGGCGGCGGCGGCGGCGGAGGAGGAGGAGGAGGAGGGGCGGACCUCGGCAUGGCUCUCGGGCCCUACUGCUCGCCGCUCUCCCGGCUCGAGAGAGCCAACAGCUGCUCCUCGUCCGAGGACUCCCACUCCGCCAGCGCCUACGCUCGCAAGAGCUUCUCCAUCAGCGAGAGGAUGGAGCGGGGCCACGGCGGCGCCACCUCCUCCUCCUCCUCCACCACCGCCUCCUCCUCCAGGAACCCCUUCCAAAGGAGCAAGUCGGGGGCUCGGCCCGAGGGGAAAACUGACAGCUUGUCUAUGAGAAAGCUGGCCAAGCCAGCCGCCUUCCGGAGCUUCGAUAACAGGCACAACUUCACAUGAUGGCGGUGGGCUCCAGGCAGGCGUGGCCCCGGGGAGACGGGGGAGGCAGACUGGAUGGAAGCGGUCCUCUACCUCAUGUGAUUUCUAAGUUGGCCCCUUCCAUUGCAUGCUUUGGCAAAGCUUAAAUCUCUCUCAGAAUGCACGGAGUUACUCCGUGCUGUGGACACACUGGUAAUGAAACCUACAUCUUUAAGGAAUCCUAAACAAAACCAAGCAUCAUAAACACUAUUUUACUGAUUUCUGUUCUGUAUUUGAUUUGGGAAACCAAGAAGACAAAUAUCCCCCCUGACAUCUGUGUGCGUAGAGAUUACAUUGAAGCUGUCCAAUCUGUAUAUAAAUUGUGGAUCACUCCAUAGAAUAGCCCACUUUUAUGGUUUUUUCGUUUUGCUACCCGAGUUGUGGACGGGGUCAUUUAAACUAGCCAAACAACCACAAAAAAGGGAAAUACUGACAUAGUGCUCCUGCUGACUGUGUCAGAGGAGAUUUCUGUUGAUGUUCUGUUGAUUCAUUCUGAUGCCCUCUAAAAUGCAGAUGCAUUACAAUUAGGAACCAUGCAUCAGGCUCCCACAUCUGCCAUCUGGCGAUGAUGAAUGUAGUGAAAUUGUGGGUUUCCUUUCAAACGUUCUUAACAGAACAGGCUAAACCACAAAAGGACACUGUCCUAAUACUCAAUAAUCAAUAAUCAAGUUGUCAUUGUCAAGUUGUAAUCAAGUGAGGGUUUGUCCCUCAUCAUGGCUCUGCACUGAGAUCAGAAGCAGAAAGUUGUUGAUUACGGAAUUGUGAAGCCAAACGCUUGUGUCUCUGCAAUGGUCAUUAUCACCUCAAGAGGGCACCAUUACUCUUCAAUGAGGCAGGAUUUUAGUUGCAGAUUUUUAAACUUACACCAUACCAUACUAAGGUCAUAGUAUUACAUUUCACAUACACAAGUAAUUUUUUAAAACCCAAGCUAAGUGCCGAACAUGGAGGGUUCUGGUAGACGUUUUUAUUACUGUUUUUAGCUCAUGGAUACAGAGGCUCUGUAAUUUGUAUGUAAACUCAACAUAUUGUAACACUUGCUAUGCAAGAUGUCAGAGAUGGAAAUUUGGAUUACAGUAUGCACUUUAGACCAUGUUUUUUUUUCCUGGUAUGCACAUCUCAAACUUGAAGAUUUCUCACAGAUCACUGAUCUCUUGCUGAGGAGCUGCCGAUAUACAGUACAGUUUGCUGAUCCCAUGGGAGUUCCACAGACACAUCAGGAUUAAACCUGACCAAAUUUCAUGUAUUUAGAAACAUUGAUCGGUAUUCCUAAAUAGAUGAUUCAAUAAAAUCCACAAAACUAAGCUCCAGCUGAUGCAUACCAUUUUCUUUCUAAUGUACAAAUAUGAUUUAACAGGCCUCCUAAAAAUACAUUUCUGAUGAUAUUUUGAAUAUUAUAUUAUCACUAUAUAAUUGUUUGUCAUAGCCUAUUGUAUAAUACUAAAUAUAGGAAAUAUUUUACAUUUAUAUAAAUAAUUUAUAUUUACUCAGUAUUCAUUUGAGAUUCUUGAUUGUUCUAUGUUUAUUCUUAGUGUCCUUUAUCUCCCAAACAUCCUUAUUGAGCCAUUUCUCUCACAAGACAUAAAGUCUUCUAUCAAUUAUCUAUUUUUUAUCUUUUAAUCAGUAUUUUGGAAUCAAGGAAAGGAUGUGUGUAAUACAUUAACAGUUCUGGACACAUCCAAUUCUAUCUUAAUUUUAAUCGCAAUUUACGUAUUUCAGUAUUUAUGUGUAUGCAUGUACACUAAUCUUCUGAAAUCAACAAACCCCACGAACCCAACCAAACGAUAUUCUGACUUGUAAAAACUCUGAGCAAUACGAAAUGAUGUGCACUACCAGGUUCUGGGGGUCUCCGUUGAGUUAGUCAGUCUCUUGCUUCUCACCACAUGUAGUACUCGCCAGAUCCUAGCCUACUGCUAGACCUUAUGACUGCAUCAAGAGGAGUACUGGGGCACGCUGCUAUCAGCCUGUGCAUACAGUAUCUUUGCCAUCAACUGAAUCAUUUAUUUUGCCUUAUCCACGUGCAAUACUACAGAGAAAUACUAGAGAGAAUUUCACCUGUUCUCUUAAUAUGGUCUCCAUGCGGUAUUUGUCACUCAAUCCGAACUCCAGAUAUAACAAAGACGUCAACCUGUAGUUCUUGACUAUAAGCCAUCAUUGUAGGACAGGAUGGGAAAUUCACCAGCUUGCAUUGGAAGGUUUAUUGCUGGACAUCCUAGGGGGGGUGGCACAACGGCAAUGGACGCGCAUAUCACAAUGUGGGCGUCUUAGUUUGUGUCCGCAACAAUUUGAAAGAAUCACAGGGAUGAAAAGGCACAGCAAAAAGAAAGGAAAUUUGUAUCUUUCUGCUUAUCCAAUCACUGUGACAUCCCGCCCCCCAUGAGGGGUUUCAAUCACAGAACUUCCCAUCACUUCCUGCUUUGUGGGAUGUGGAGUAGAUAGGAUGAGAUGCAUGGUGUGGAGAAGCCUACCUUAUACUCAUGGGCCAUGCAAAAGACAACUAAUUAACUUUCUUGUUUGAUUUCUUAUCUGUCUUUAUGCCUCAGUGAUGUUUAGCUAAAUCUGAUGGAACACUUGAUUUUUUAUUUUAUUUCUUUUUUUUUUUGCAGUUUCUUUUGCCUUGUCUCAGAUUCAAGUUCAUUUGGCCCAUUAGAGUGGAGUGGAUUCCCUUAUCUCCAUUCGUAAUGAGCAUUAUUUUAUAUGACUUGCUUGAGACUGAACUUAGACUUGCCCAAUGCUGAUGGUCAGAUGUACAUGCCCUGUAAAUGUAGUUGUGAUUGUUGUAAGAGAUACAGUACCAAUAUCAAUAAAUAUAUAUAAGAAUUUA